GCAUAUUCGUGUCCGCCAUGUUUUCUCCCUGGGGCUUUUGAUUUCUACAGAUAAUACUGAUUUCCAUACAGCACGCGCUUUCGUUAUCUUCGUUCCCAACCUAUGGGAUUGGCUAAUUGGGCUUUUGCUCGUAUCUCAACUGAUUGACUGAUUUUUUCAUACCAAGCAUCAAACCGAUUUCUUUUAUUAAAUAAGAUUGGCAGUACAUUCGCGGAGAUUUUUACGGUAAGUGUUUUAUAAGAAUGUUUCAGCGCGCCACCUAUGCACAUUGAUGAAAUCGUAGUUCAUUAGUUUAAGCAUGCUAGUACCAGCUACUGAGUCGUACAUUCGAAAUCAUUCCAACUUCAGCCUGGAUCACAGCGUAGUAUUAUAAGUUGUCAUAUACCAGAUGUAGUUUGUAGCUUAGUACAAGGUGCAUUGCAAAAUUGCUGAGUUGCAUCAUUUAAUAUUUUUAUUCAAUAUUAUUCGUUGUAGUUAGAAAUAACUGCAGAUAUGUGGUUUUAAUAGGAGCGGGGGGACUAAAUGCUGAGAUUGUUUUUUCCGCAUUAAAGCACCAUUGGUUUAGGGAGCUGACUUUCAACCAGUGAGGCAUAGGUCCGAACUCUCCAUUUACCGAGGUUUGGGCAGUCAAAUAGUAUCAUAAGCCCCCACAAUAGGUGUGGGUCAUUACCUACUGCAUGAAUGUACACAAGAUCGCAGAGCAGAUUUCUGUUUUUUUGGAUAUAUAUAAUGCUAUGAGCUGCACAUUUUACGCUCACGUUUUGGUACCACCUGUUUUCUAUGUUUUCUUAGAAUUUCUUUUAUUCUCUAGGUAGGUUUUCAGUGAAAAGAAACUGACAGUAGUCUGUUAGUGAUAUUUGUAAACUUAAUUUUGUGUAUAUUGGAUUUAAAAUGAUGACUUUUAGGAUAAGAUCUGGGCAUCUGAAUACAUUGCCUAAUUAAUCCUGCUACAGGCUGAGAUAGCAAUAUGGUCAAAUUAAUGUUAUCAUACUUUACCAUGUGACAAAGUUUAAAAGUAGGACUUACGGAUAUUGUAAGUUAUCAGCUCAGCAUCAUUGAUUCAGUAAAACCUCCAAGCAAUCGAAACAAAACAUUCAUAGCCUGAAACGGCGAAAAACGGAAAAAAGCGGUAGGAAUACAAUCUUGGGAAAAUAGUAACAACAGAAAAACCAAGUAAGGCGUUUUUAUUGUUGGGUGUGCAUAUAUACUAACUCAAAUUCGUUCGUAUAUAGAAACGCGAUCAAAAACAUGAAAUGUUGGUAGAUUUUGCAGAUGAAACAUUCUGGUGCUUUUCUAUAUAUCGCGUCUCCAUUUCAUCUUAACAGGCAAUUCUCAACGGCAUCAAGUAUAUACACUGUAUUCCCUCAGUUUUACCUAUCAAUAGAUAACAACUAUGUUUAUUUUAUUGUUUUUUUUUGAGGGGGUUUUCGCUUGCUGCAAAGAAUUUCUUUCUAUUCUCGAACCAAAAUAAGAUUUCAGCUGUUUAAACUGUAACGAGCGAAGUGGUUAAACGUACUGACUGUUUUACGUGAUAGGAAGAUAUGCUAUCACAGGCAGUCUGCCAACAAUACCGUGAGACGAAUUGUUGACAUCCCCUGCCAUUUAUUUCCAGUUGAACUUUUAAGUUUCACAGUUUACCAGCAUUUCUGUUUUCUUCACUUCUGUAGUAGAAUACCUUCCAUUACUGCUCACAAAUUGCUUUCAAUUCCUUUUUGCUUCCGAAAAUUAUCUUCAAAGUUAUGCAUUCCGAUCUCAAAUUACACAAACUUAAUUAUGAAUUUACUUUGUGGUUUAGUAGCAUAGACCGUAACCGUUUCAUGUACACAAUCCCUCAUAAAAUUGGUUUUGCUCACGAAGGCAACUAUUCUCACUAUGCAGUACUUACGUACUAAUACUGUUGACUUCAUCUAUUCAAAAAUCGUGACAAGAAAUAUUACAUUUUUGCCGGGAAUUAAAUAACAUGCAAACAAGUCCGUUUUUCUUACCUAAAAUUGCUUUUAAUGAUGACCAUCGUUUGAUCAUUGUAAGUUUGAAUAAGACUAUUCACCAACUUUUGAUUUACAGUUGUCAAUUUCUUGGAUGCUUUGCAAGAUGGUCAUAAAAGCAGUGUAGAAUUUCCUUCUUAUUCGUUUCAGAUAUGCAGCCACACUGGCCUAUCAUUGCUGCAAUUUCAGGCCAUCCAACUAUCGCUAACGGUCCAGCAAUAUCAAUCGAUCGUCAUAUCUCCGGCCCUGUAGAUUCCAACAGCAUGCUAAUCGGUGCGCUCACUCCUGGUUACGUACGCCCAACCCUUUCCUCCAAUGUUUUACCUGGUUCUUCCAUCCCUUCAGCACCUGGUGGAUACAGCCCGCACCACGGUCUUGUUUAUCCAUUUCCUCACUCAUUCUCUGUUGGUGCCCAUCAACCCCUUGAACCACCUGUUGUCGGGCGUCAGUUCCCUAAUGCGACAAUAAAUCCUUCUUUUCAUAUACAGCACUUCCAGCAGCCAGUUUCUCAACCUUUACAGCUGCCUCACCCACCUGUACCUUAUGGUCAAUCACUAUCAUAUUUGGCACCUUCUUUGGUAACAGCAAUGGGAAAUGGUAGUCUUGGUCACAUACAACAAACUUAUGCAAAUGUACCAGCACAAGCACCAUUGGCAGUUAGUAUGUCAGCGAGCUGUCGCACGUUUGAUUCGCUAAAACAUUUCGGUGCUGUUCCUCAAACACACCAUGGUCGUCGAAAUAAAUCAACUGUCACUUCAAAAACCAACCUGUAUAUCAGUGGAUUAAGUGAAUCUGAUACAGAUGAUACGGUCCGCUCUCUUGUCGAGAAUAUUGUUCAACCAAAAUCAUGUAAAGCCAUGGUGGUAAAUGGGAGAUGCAGAGGUUCUGGUUUCAUUGAUUGCGCCUCUGAAGAAGAUGCUGAAAAAGCUAAAGCACACAUCUUGGAAUAUGCAAGAACAAAUGGACGCAAAUUAUCAGUUAAAUAUGCGUAUGAGAAUGAAAAAGACCUCCUAAAUGUUUAUGUGCGCAAUCUGCCACGUGAAGGCUUCACAAAAGAGAUGCUAGAAAAUUUAUUUCAGAAAUUUGGUCAUGUUACCUCAGUGAAGCUGCUUGAAACAGCCAAUGGGUUUACAGGAAUUGGUUUUGUUCGUUUCGCCACUGCUGAACAAGCGGAAAAAGCAGUUGAACAAAUGAAUGAAGCAAAGCAUAUUGUUCGAGGUGGUGAUAAACCAAUUACUUGCAAAUUGGCUGAUAAAGCAGAUCCUAGACGCCGUAAUCCCGCUCCUAAUGCUCAAGCUUUUGUCGCUGCUGCAGGUUUACAUCCACAAAUUCCUGUUGCCAGUCAUAUGACUCGUACUACUCAAGGCUUGUCUAGUCUUGCUUCGUUGCAAGCUCUAGGGCAAGCUCAGCAACCUGGAUUCACUCCUCAAUUUCCUUUAGCUGCACAGCUAGUACAACCUUUCCAGCAGAACCCUGUUGUUGUUCCUAAUAUUCAUUCAUCGACAGUUUCCUCACAAAACCGCAAUGUUCUAUUAUCAUCAACAUUAUUACAAAAUGGCCCAUCUGGUACUGCUGUUCCCCUUUCAUUUUCAAGUGGAGGUAAUAGUCAACAAAGUGUCUCCACAGCCUCUUAUCGGACUAACUUUGUUGGAGUGCCUCAAGGUCAAGUUCCUGCUAGUGUUCAACCAAAUCACAAUGCUACAGUUGUGGCUGGUUAUGCAGAUUCACCUUUCAGCCGUUCUAAAUCGUGUAUCAAUGUUCAGUCGGGAAACUUUCCUACAAACAACCCAACUCUUUACUUGACAAAUGGGAACUCCUCUCAAUCUACACAAGGUGCUUUCCAGUCUCUUGUCUACGGGACAGCUGCAACUUCCAAUUAUCAGACGGGUUUAUCCUAUGUUCAUCAUCAACAGUCACAACCAAUUCCUACUGUUGCAAGUAGUUCGCAAAUGGUUAUUCUGACACCAGCCCCAAUUAAUUGUCUCUAUCAAUCGUCAAAUGGAUCUUCAUCAUCAACCUAUCCGACAGGUAUUUUAUCCGUAAGUGGUCAUCAAAAGCCACUUCUUUCCUCAAACAUACCCACCAAUUGCCAAGUACAAAACAUACAAUGCAACUCAUCUUCCAUCUCAGAAACUACGAAUCUAAACUCUGUUGGUUCGAUCACUUCUGAAUUUCAGAUGUUAUCGUUUAAUUCACCAACUAGUACUUGCAUAUCUCGCUCGAAUUUGAUAACUGAUGUUGUGCCACUAUGUGAUGCACAAGAUUGGCCAAACGUUAGUACGCAAAAACUGUGUCCUAUAAGUUCAAUCAACUCUUCGGAAAGUGAUGCAGCUUGUCAAACCACAGUUCUUCAAAAUUCACACGACAUAACUAUGUCAAGUAAUAUGAGUAUUUAUACAACCACGCAAAAUACCGUUACAUCUGGUGCAACCGAGCUAGUUGAUGCCCAGUGUUAUUCUAACUCUGGUCAAGAAAGUAUACGUGCAUCGAAUUUGGUUGGUUUAUCAAGCCUGUCCAAUGAAGUCCCUUCACCUGAUCCUUCAAAUCACCCUUCCGUCUCAAGCUCUACAUAUGUAGCCGGGGCUCAUUUCUCUUCUCAUAAUCUAGAAAUAAAUGGUUCAUCUAAUACAGAAUGUCAGCUAGAUGUUCAACCGCAGAAGAAAAGCAACGAUAAAAAACGGGAUUCUUCAUCCAAUUCAGGUGUCUGUAGCCGUCGUUGUAGUGAGGUCAGCUUAAAUGACACCUCAUCUGCAUCUAUACCACUAAAUAGAAAAAAGAAAAAUCCUUAUUCGACCUCCAGUAUAAGUGGUAAACAAAAUUCACGGUCCCCACCAAAGAAAGAUCCAAUUGUUGUUUCUGAGGUUCGUAUGCCUACUCAGUGCACUCUGAUGCAUCCACCAUCUCCUUAACAUAGUCUUACUUCUUUUAACCGAUGCUUCUGAAGCAUCUUUUCAGGUCGAUAGAUUGUUUGUAAUAAAUCGCAUUUCUAUGUGGUCAGUUGAUGCACUCACUGAUUUUGUUUUAGAUACUACGAAGCAAGUGUAAAUAUGUCUUUUUCUUCUUAAGCCACCUUGUAAAUGACUUUACAAUCAAUGUUUCUGUUUGUUGUUUUGUGAUUUUCUGUCGUACUACUUCUCCCAACUUCUAAAAGACAAUCUGUCAAUUUUUAGGGUCAGCAGAUAAAUGUUCGUCUAGGCGAUAUUAAAAUUUGUCAAGAGCUCAAGUAAAGACCAUCGUGAAAGUUUAAAUGAUCAUUUAAUUAAACUGAGGACUAUUUGUGUAUCUUAAUUGCUUAGUUUGCAAAAAUACGCUUCCCUCACUUAUUAUUUUGUACUUUUGGUCAAAAUGUCAACUUUUUUGACUUUGAAUUACGUUAAGCAACGUAUGAGGUUAACAUUCUAGGCUACGGUGAAGACUGACUGUGAAAAGUUUGUUUUUUACUAUAAAAGAAGUAUGUUGACGACCU